UCCCAGAAGUAAGAGAGACACAAAAAAGCCGCCGCAGCCCGGGGCGGGGGAUCGGAACCGGACCCGAACCGGACCGGCUCCCCCGCGACACCCGCCGGUCCCUGAGCCGGGCCGGGAGCCCCGAGAGCCGAAGCGGGCCAGGGACGAGCCGGGCGGAACCGGAGCAGCCAGGACCGGGCUCCCGAGAGCGGCCCGAGCCCCCCGGCCGGCGAGAGCACCGGACCGGGCCGGCCGAGGCGGCGGCCCCGAGCUGGGAGCGGGAGCAGAGCCGCCGAACCGGGCCGGGGCCGCACGGAGCGGCCGGAGACCCCGCUCCUCCAGGCCGCGGGGACAGACCCCGCUGGGACCGGACACCGAACCGGGCCAGGAUCCAGGGACCGGACGGAGAGACCCAAGUGGGCCGCGCUACCGAACCGGGCCCGGACCCCGGGGAGCGGCGGGGGGACCCCGCUGGACGCGGGGCCCGAGAUCCCGGCGAGCGGACCUGACCCGGGGACCCCCCCCCGCCUCGCAGGGGAAGCGGAGCCCGGCCCGGCUGGAGGAGAUGGAGCCCUGAGAGCCGCCGGCACCGCGGGGCCUAGGGGGACACCGGCAGCCGCUGCUCGGGGGGGACAUGGGCCCCGCUCUGCGCCCCCAGGAGGAGAGGGAGCCGCGGGCGCGGGGGGGCUGUGAGCCGCACCCCGGCACCCCCAGAUAAGGGACCCCGACGUCCGGAGGGGGCACCCCGAGAGUGACCGGUUGCGGGGCACCCCCUAUUAUCCCAUAAGGGGGCUGUGUAGGCUUCUCCAUAGGUCAGGGUGUGUAUAGGUACCCCCCCCCCAUAAUCCAUAGGAUUACCCACCCUGGUGGUUUGGGAGUGGAGCCCUGUCACCCCAGGGAAGGUAAACAGAGGAACAGAUACCCUGGUAGGGCCCAGUUAACAAAGGCGUCUCUUAGGCUCAAAUCAGGAUCUCCGCAUAACCACCCUUUCCCCGGCAUUUAAAGGUUUGGACCCUCUGAGGAUUUACCACGUUUGAAUAUUUUUUCUCUUCCUUUUGGGAAAUUUUUGCCCCUGGGAGAACUCGUGUGUGUUGUUGGAUUAUUAUUUUUUUUUUAAGAGUCCCUUUGAUCUGGAUAUUCUGAUUGACUGAGCGAAGGUGUUUUUGAACUGAAUUUGCCUUCUGUGCACGUCUCUUCUGGAGCAAGGCUGGAUCUCAAACACUGCUUUAUGUGUGGGGGGCAACAUAUGUGGGGAGAUCCCUGCGAGAAUAGUAAAAUGCAAAUUGGAUAAAAAGACGACUCCUUGCCCAGGGCUCCAAUGAGUGGCACACAGUCCACAAUCACGGACAGGUUUCCUCUCAAAAAACCUACAAGGCAUGGCAGCAUUCUGAGCAGAGAGACUCCAGCUGACAAGAAACAGAAGGUUGAACGCUGCAGUAGUGCACACGACUUUGAUCCGACAGAUAGCUCCUCCAAGAAGACAAAGUCUAGCUCGGAGGAGAGUAGAUCCGAGACGUAUGGUCUCGUUCAGCGCUGCGUUAUCAUCCAGCGGGAUGAAAAUGGAUUUGGGCUGACAGUUAGUGGAGACAAUCCAGUCUUUGUGCAGUCAGUCAAAGAAGAUGGAGCAGCCAUGCGGGCUGGAGUGCAGACAGGUGAUCGAAUCAUCAAGGUGAAUGGGACUCUUGUAACAAACUCAAACCAUGGGGAUGUGGUGAAGCUGAUCAAGUCGGGUUCCUAUGUAGCUCUCACUGUGCAGGGGCGCCCACCAGGGUCGUCCCAGAUUCCAUUAGCUGAUUCUGAAGUGGAUCCAGCAGCAUUUGGGCAUAUGUCUCCCAUCAUGACAUCUCCCCAUUCGCCUGGCACAUCUGGAAAUGCAGAGAGGAUUACUAGCCCGGUGCUGAUGGGGGAGGAGAACAAUAUUGUUCACAACCAGAAAGUGGAGAUUCUGAGAAAGAUGCUGCAGAAAGAGCAGGAGCGGCUGCAGUCCUUGCAAGAAGAUUACAGCCGAGCACCCACCCCGCGCCUGCUUAAGGAGAUACAGGAAACUAAGAAGCACAUCCCUCAGCUGCAAGAGCAGCUGUCCAAAGCCACCGGCUCUACUCAGGAUGGAGUUUUGUCCUCCAGAUCUGUGACGGAGUCACUGCAGAUCAGUGAAGUAGAGGCUGAGAGUGGGGAUGGGCUGAGCAAAAUAGACUACAGCAGUGGUGACGGCUCCCGGCCGAACAGUGACAUUGCUGAUAGUCCCCGGAGUGGCCUGAAGGAACGGAUUUCCCUGGAGGAGAGUCCAGAGAAGAGUGAGAUUCAAGAUACUGAUUCUCAAUCCAGUAUUGGGAGUCCCUCCUCCCGCAUGGCACCUCAGAUCAUCGGAGCAGAGGAUGACGACUUUGACACUGAACAGGAGCAGAUUAAUGGGCAAUGCAGCUGUUUCCAGAACAUCGAGCUGCUGAAAUCUCGCCCAGCUCACCUGGCUGUGUUCCUGCAUCAUGUGGUGUCCCAGUUUGACCCAGCAACGCUGCUCUGCUAUCUUUACACGGACUUGUACAAACAGACCAACUCCAAAGAGACUCGUCGUGUCUUCCUUGAGUUUAACCAGUUCUUCCUGGACCGAGCUGCGAAUCUGAAGGUUCCAGUUCCAGAUGAAAUAUCUAUAGAUCUAGAAAAAAGAAGGCCAGAACUCAUUCCAGAGGAAUUGCACCGCCAUUAUAUCCAAACUAUGCAAGAUAAAGUCUAUCCAGAUGUCCAGAGGCAUCUGGAAGAUUUCAGACAGAAGCGUAGCAUGGGAUUGACGCUGGCCGAAAAUGAACUGACCAAGCUGGAUGCAGAACGUGUCCGUGACCGGAUCACGUUGGAGAGAGAGCGAGCGUGUGCGGAGCAGAUAAUUAUCAAAAUCGAGGAGGUGUUGAUGACUUCUCAGCCUCUGGAAGAGGACAAGAGUUCAACCAUGCAGUAUGUGAUUCUCACCUACAUGAAAUAUUUGGGUGUGAAAGUCAAGGAGCCCCGGAGCCUGGAGCAGAAGCGUGGACGUAUUGGUUUCCUGCCAAAGAUAAAGCAAAGUAUAAAGAAAGAGAAAGAAGGGGAGGAAAAAGUGAAGAGGAGAGGCUUCCCCAGUAUCCUGGGACCACCACGGAGACCGAGUCGCCAUGACAGCAGUGCAAUUGGCAGGGCCAUGGAAAUUCAGAAGCAGCGCCAUCCAAAGCACUUAUCCACGGCCUCUUCAGUUAGUCCAGAGCCGCCAGACUCUGUCAAGAUGCGCCAGAGUGGGUCCUCCAGCGAUGGUACAGACACGACAUGCCCUCCUGCCAAUCCUAUGUCUCCUUUAGCUAUGGGACCCUUUACCUCCCCGGAGGGAAGCAAGGACAGCGAGACAGGCCCCAAGCUGUCUGGAGAUGCUCCACCUCCUAGUGACUCUAUGGAUGGCGCACCCCGCACACCUAACACCAUCUUUGAUUUCCCAUCCCCUCCGCUGGACCAGCUGCAAGAGGAGGAGGGAGAACUUGAUAGAUUAGCCGACUUGGGAACACCAAAACCUUUCCGAAAGAUGGACAGUGUGGGCUUUGGGGAGAUUCAGAGUGAGGAUGAGCUGUUUGAUUUUGACACUGAGACUGAUCCUCCCAACUGGCAGCAGCUGGUGAGCCAAGAGGUGCUGCUGGGGCUGAAACCCCACGAAAUCAAACGCCAGGAAGUGAUUAAUGAGCUGUUCUACACUGAGCGAGCUCACGUCCGCACGCUGAAGGUGCUGCAUCAGGUCUUCUACCAGCGUGUACUCCGUGAAGGCAUCCUGACCCCCUCUGACCUGCGCAAAAUCUUUUCAAACCUGGAGGAUAUCCUUCUGCUCCACACUGGUUUGAAUGAUCAGAUGAAAGCUGUCCGUAAACGGAAUGAGACCUCUGUUAUUGAUCAGAUUGGGGAAGACUUGCUAACCUGGUUCAGUGGAGCAGGUGAGGAGAACCUGAAACACGCAACUGCCACCUUUUGUAGUAACCAGCCUUUUGCUCUAGAGGUGAUCAAAUCACGGCAGAAGAAAGACUCUCGCUUCCAAACCUUUGUGCAGGAUGCUGAGAGCAAUCCACUGUGUCGCCGGUUGCAGCUGAAAGAUAUCAUUCCCACUGAGAUGCAGAGGCUGACUAAGUACCCCCUUCUGCUGGAUAAUAUCGCUAAGUACUCAGAACGGCCUGAGGAGAAGGAGAAAGUGAAGAAAGCAGCGGAUCACUGCCGUCAGAUCCUUAACUAUGUGAACCAGGCGGUCAAAGAAUCCGAGAAUAAGCAGCGUUUGGAAGAUUAUCAGCGUCGCCUUGACCUGUCCUACUUGAAGCAGUCAGAGUACCCUAUGCUGGAUGAGAUCAGGAAUUUGGAUUUAACCAAGAAGAAGAUGAUUCACGAAGGACCUCUGACCUGGAAAGUUAAUCGGGACAAGACUAUUGAUCUCUACACGCUACUCUUGGAGGAUAUUCUAGUGCUGUUGCAAAAGCAAGAUGAUAAACUGGUGCUGAGGUGUCACAGUAAGAUCCUGGCAUCCACUUCUGACAGCAAACACACAUUCAGCCCUGUUAUCAAGCUGAACACUGUGUUGGUUCGCCAGGUGGCGACAGAUAACAAAGCUUUCUUCGUCAUCUCCAUGUCAGAAAACGGUGCUCAGAUUUAUGAAUUGGUGGCACAGACUGUUUCUGAAAAGACUGUAUGGCAGGACCUGAUAGCUCGGAUGGCAGGGACAGUAAAAGUCGAGGCAUCUAAAAGGCCGAUUCCAUUACCACAAUCAGGACCUGGCGACGAGGAGCGUGAGGAAGAAGAGCAGCAGAAACUGAAAGAAGAACAGCGUGAUAUCCCUGCCAGCGGUAUGCAGAGUCCAGAUAAAGAUUUGGGACUUGAGUCUCCCUUGAUGCUGAAGACUCAGUCUCCUUCAGCAAUCAUGGCUGAGAAGUCCGAGGUAGAAGAUCUUCUUAGGACUGAAACACAUUUUGAGAAAGAUCAACGGGCAGAAGAAUCUUCUGCGCGUUACGGACCACCACUCCCUUUCCAGAUCUCAGAAGAGCGGUGGGCAUUGGAUGCAUUAAGAAACUUGGGCUUGCUGAAGCAGUUGUUGGUGCAGCAGCUGGGCAUGUCUGAGAAGGGGACCCUUGAAGACUGGCGAUGUUUUCCCAGGUAUAGGACCGUUUCCCGGGGGGCCCAGGCAGAGAGUGGUAUCCAGCAUGGACUACAGCAUUCUGACGACAAGAUGCAGCAGCCUGGAACAGACCAGAUGCCUCCCGGAACAGGAACUAGUGAAUCUGCAGCUUGUUAUGGCCUCCGGACUUCAACCGAGUUUCCAGCUCCACAGGAUGCUGUGCAGCUGGGGUCUAGAGACGCCAGGUUUAGUAACAAUUUAGUAAUGGACCAUGUGAACAUGAACCUGGAGACCCCUACCCCGGAGCUGGAAGGGGUGGGUGCUGAUAACAGUGGAGAGCAUUUCUUUGAUGCUCGUGACGCCCACAGCGAUGAGAAUCCAUUGGAAGGUGAAGUAAUGGAGAGGAAGGAGGAUGAGGAGGUGCACUUACGGAUCUCAGGAAAUUAUUUGAUCCUUGAUGGAUAUGGAACUGUGCAGGAGAGCUCUACAGAUGAGGACGUGUCCUCUCUAGUUCUACAGUGCACUGCCGGCCUCUCCUCUUUGGACUCAGCACACCAGCAGCCGAUUUCCCCACGAGAUGCCCAGUCAGAUGAAGGGAGCUCCCCCUUUGCUGAGGAAUUUAUGGCCUCACGCUGGGGGCCAGUGGACGAAUUGUGCUCCGAUGCACCGAGCCCCCACCUCUCCGUAGAGUCGCGUAUCCAAAUGAUGCAGUACAUUCAGAAGAUAGAGGCUGACCUUGAACACUUAAAGGAAGUUGAGGAAAAUUACACCACUCUCCUUCGCCAAAGGCUGGCUGGCUCAGCCCCCACAGAUGAGCAUUCAGACAAAAGUUAGUCACAUUUUCUGGAAGUGGCUGAAAAUUGGAUGAGAGCAUCAGCGCCUACUAGCUUCCAUGCGGACUCUGAGAUGAGAGCGUUCUGUCUGUGGACCAUCCAAGUGCUAACCAUGCUCUAGCAGAGUGGGGAUGGGGUGCUUUCCCUGUGGGGCAUCUGCACUAGUUUGUCAGUGAGGGAAUCUCUUCCAUUCUCUCCUCCUCCUCUUGCUACCGGAAAUUUUGUUUUUGAUUCAGAACAACAACAAAAAACCAAACCAAAUGUACAGAGCUUUGGAUGUAGGAUAUAAAAAUGUAUUUAGACAUUUAAAAAAUCAAUGUAUUUAUUUGACUUCAUUCCAUGUAUCAAAAGCACAUUUUAAUUUUUUUUUAUUUGCUUUUGUUUUAAUUGGGUAGUGACAGUUCUAGCCCUUGGAAUCUAGUGCACUCUGGAUCCCGCUGCUCCAGAAGCAAAGUUCAGAUCUGAGAAGGGAGGGGUGUAUUUUGUGUCUUGAUUUCACUGGAUUGGACUCCAUGCUCCCUGCUGGCAACCCAACUGCCACACACAGAGUUAUUUGCAAAGGUGUUCUUAUGACCUUUGGUGGGAAUAGGCUACAUUCAACAGCCUGUGAACUGGCUCCAUUUGGAGCGAUUGCCUGUUCUGUGUAGCUCAUGUGCAAUGAGAAUUCUCCAUGCACUAAAUAGCCAGGCACUUGAAAUUAGCAAACCAUUUUUCCCCUUGACGGUCCCCUUCAUUGACUUGGGGUCUCUGACAGGGAGAGGAGAAAGCUGGGUUUAAUUUUUUUUUCUUGACUUUGUUGGCCGUGAUAAUUGUCUCCUAUUUAAAGCGAUCAACAAUGUUUGGAGCUCCAGCACUUGUGUAACCGUUCACCGGAUCAAGCAGGAAAAAAUGCAAACCCAGAAAGGUGGGGCAGGUGGGGGGGGAGGGUCUCACUAAAUCACUACUGAAUGAACGUUGGCUGCCAUUUGAGUUAGCCACAGGUACUGCUGAUUAUAGGGCCAGUAAAUGUUAGUACCUGGAGGUAUGUCUUGCUGAG